AUGAACACAAAAGAUUUUGUAGUUCUUCCAUGGGGGAAACCUGGAAAUUCUAUAAAACUAAGAUAUAAAAAUGCUCAAGAACUAAGAAUGGAAAAAGUCCAAUUAGAGUUGGAGAACCAAGAGUUGGAAAAGAAACUACAAGAAUUCCAAUCAACAAGGAACAAAGAAAAAGAAGAAAGACAGUCAAGUGGGUAUCACUGGAAAUCUGGACAAGUGGGGAAAUUGGGUACUCCAUCACACAUGAUGCUGCAAAAUAAAGGGAAUGUUAUUAAGUUUUCCUCUGGAAAAGUGAAAUUAAAGUUGUUAAAGCAGCAGCUUCAAGAGACAGUAAAACCACCACUUAAUUAUAAAAUGACAAGUGCUUCGGAAAGUGAAAAGUCCAAGAUAAGAGGGAAAGUUUGUGGACAGUGUGAGAAUAAAGCUGCUCUGCUAGCAAAAUCUCAAAUAUUAUCCAGUGUACUGGAUGUUGCUCAUAAGUUUAUAAAGGAAGUUAAUACCAAUGAACCAAAAGAGGAGCGCCAUUCUGCUGGAAAGAAUAGUAAAAGCCAACAUAAAGAUAAACCACUACUUUUGCAGAGAAGCUCUGAGGUAGAAGUUUCAACACCCAAAAAAGGAGAAUAUGCAACAUCAGGAGAUAUGCUCUUGUGUGAAGGGACAUUCAAUGAAGAAACUUCCGCCCAGUCCUUUCAGGAAGCUUUAAAUCAGUGGAGAAAUGGACAUCAUGAUAACAAGAAACAUAAUUUACCUGCUGUAAAAACAGGCUCACUAGAAGAAUGUGAAGUACAAACUAAUCUGAAAAUUUGGAGAGAGCCACUUCAGAUUGAAUUUAAAGAAGACAGUCUAUCUUAUAUGGAAAAAUUAUGGCUUAAAAAGCACCGAAGAACUACACCAGAACAACUUCGAAACAUGCUACCAGAUUCCUUCUUAACUCCAUGUAAAACCCUUAGUGAGACACAGUGUUCUCAGAAUGAAAAUGAUGAGGAUAAUGAUGUUGAAGAGAUCAAAGUGCAACACCAAGCUCUUUUUCUGCCUCUAGAAGAAUUAAAAAUAGAGAGAGCUGAACCAAGUCUAAAAAUAGUAGAGCUGGAUAAUGUAAAAACAAGAAAUGUUGAAGAAAUAAGAAAUGUUGUGCCUUACAAAGUUGAAUUAGCUGUUGCAGAUAGUCAACAAAGUUGCACAUUUCACGAUUAUCAGAAUAAUUUUCUGUAUAAAAAUGACAUCUUUCAGCAUCAUGUAUUCACCAAGGGGAAACAAGAUUUCUUACAUCUUCAUCUGAGUGACAGCUCUUCUUUUUGUAAAGAUAACACAACAGGAACUUCAAAUCUAAAUUUUGACAACAAUGUGGAUCUUUAUAUUUAUUCUUCUGCCACUGAAAAAUCAAGGGGAAAUUACAUAUUUGAAGGAAAUUCCAAUGAGAAAAGUAUAGAUAAAGAGAAUACUGAUUCCUGUAUGUCACUUGAAAACAAAGAAUUUUUGCCAAUGAUAGAUUUAGAAGAAACUUCCAUUAAGAAAAAAGUCUCUGAAGACAUCGAGGAAUCCUUGGAUCUUAGCAAUCUUCAUGAGAGGCCAAACUUUGAAAAUUCUAAAACUGCAGAGUCACCACUGUUGUUACGUGAAAUAGCCCUCAGGAAUAAGCCUAUAAAUGAACGUUAUCAAGGACUUGAAAGAUUCUUUGUUUUUGAUAAAAAUGAAAGACUCAACUCACUUCCUUCUCAUAGUUUAGAACACAGUUAUUCAAGUCCUACAGUUACAUUUACAGGCCAGUCACCACAGAAAACCUCAGCAGCAAAUUUACCAGUUCCCAACUCUAUAAAUAACUCCAGCUGCCUUUCCUCCUCUCAUUCUCCAUCAAGAAGUAUAGCUGUUCGAUCAUUAUCUAGAGCUGCUUCUGAAAUUUCAGAAAUUGAAUAUGUGGACAUCACUGACAAUAAUGAGCCUUUCUUAGAUGGCAGUGCUGAACAGGAAACCUUAGAUAAUUUGGAAAGAGAAUUAAGUAUGCUGAGAAGUCUUGCAGAUCCUUCAGAAAAACUUUACAACCUAACCUCAGAAGAGUCACCAGGCUUCCACAAUCAUUCACUGAAUGUAAGUCAGACUGCCCUUGAGCUCCUUAACAUCUCAUGUGCAAAGGAACCCUGUGAAGGUGGGGAAGAGAGCUCUUCUGAAAAAGAUACCGACAUUCAGUGUUUACUGACACUUCCCGAGAGCAGCUCAGACAAUGAAGAUGAAGAUUUCCUUGACAAUCAACAAGUUAUCGCACUACCAUGGUCAGAGAGUACCUAA